GAUCAAACACCAGUGAAGAAACUAAUACAGUUGAGUAUUGGCAAGAUUAUACCGCAAGAUGUUCAGUACGCUCCUAAACCUCAUGGAGAUCUUGUUAUAAGGUUGCCAGAUUCAACAUCAAGAGAUGUUCUUGAGGGUCUGAAACCAGACACGACGGGCAUGAUGAAGGCAUUCCCAGAUGGCCAUAUCAAAGGAGUCAUCGUCACGUUACGUGGGUGUCCCGAAAAUGGUGCCAAGGAUGAUUGCGGCGAAAUGUUUGAUUUCAUGUCACGUUACUUUGACCCGUGGAAUGGAUUUCCAGAGGACCCUGUCACAGGAUCGGCUCACACUGUGCUUGGAAGUUACUGGUCAGCCCAACUUAAUAAGACAAAACUUUAUGCCAGACAGUGUUCAGCAAGAGGUGGUAAUGUUCGGCUGAAUAUAAAUGAAGCAAGAAUUAAAUUGGCGGGAAAAGCAGCAAUCGUUGUUGAGGGAAAUAUAACUUUAACAUCAUGAUUCUAAUAUUUCAAGUUGUAAUCCAAUAAGAAAUAUUCUUCAUAGUAUCAUGACAUACAAAAUUGUGAGUUGUAAUCCAAUCAGAAAUAUUCUUUCAUAGCAUCAUGAUAUACAAAAGUUGUAAUCCAAUC